AUGGCUGCCGAAGACCACAAUAAGCCGCCCAAGCCUUGCGACUACUUUGACAUGAUUGGCGGUACCAGUACAGGCGGUCUCAUUGCGAUCAUGCUAGAUUGCAUCAGUGCUUACUGCAUGCUUGCCGACAAGGUCUUCGAGAAAAAGAGCCAUCGAGUUACCCUCAAUGGCAAGGUCCAGGGCAGAUUCAGCGCUGCCCAGCUUGAAAAGGUUGUCAAGAAGGUGAUCGUCGAGCAAAAUUUGAACCAAGACGAAUUGUUCAAAGACCCGGCCGAUUCUUGCAAGGUCUUUGUUUGUGCAACAAGCAAAGACGUUCACCAAUCCAUUGUCUGCUUCACGACUUACCCAUCUCGUCGCCUUGUCCCACAUCUCUAUAACUCGACUACCAUCUGGCAAGCCUGCCGCGCCACCUCUGCUGCUACGUCCUUUUUCGAUCCCAUUGCCAUUGGCCCCAUGGGUGAAGAGUUUGUCGAUGGCGCUCUUGGAUUGAACAAUCCUGCUCAAGACGUAUGGGGUGACCAGCUUGAGAAGAAUUUGGCGUGUCUGGCGAUCGCAACAGAGACCGAACAAACAGCCAAUGACUUCCAGAACAACCAUAGGACUCUCGAUGCAGAGGGGCGCUAUUACCGCUUCAAUGCUCACGGGAUGGAAUCUAUUGGGCUUGAGGAGUCUAGGAAGAAGAAGGAAGUUUCUGCAGUGACAAAUCAUUACCUCAGUUCACCUGAGACUCUUAAGCGGUUGCAGAAUUGCGCAAAGAAUCUAUCACGAAGAGAGUACUACGGUCCCUAUCGGGUCGAAUUCUCUCUUCGGGGUAUGCCGACGUCAAACAACUUCGUGCCUCGACCCUCUGAUAUUACUGAUAUUAAGAAAUCUCUUCUUCCUUACCACCAGAAAAAACAAGGGUGCAAUGUCUUUGUUCUUCACGGGCUCGGCGGAAUUGGGAAAACUCAAUUAGCUGUCAACUUUGCACGGCAAUACCAAGCUGCCUUCAGCGCCAUCUUUUGGCUGGACGGCACAUCAGAAGACAGCCUUAAACAAAGCUUUGCUAUUUGUGCAAAGAGGAUACCAAAAGACCAGAUUCCUGAGAAUAUCAGAAGUCCAAAAACAGGCGAUGAAGUCGAUCUCAACGAUAUUGUGGAGCACGUACAAGAGUGGCUCGCAAAAGAUGACAAUGUCGAUUGGCUUUUGAUCUUCGAUAACGUUGAUCUGGAUCAUACGCAAGGAAAAAUACCGGGCGCUUAUGACAUUCGAAAGUAUCUUCGGAGUGACCACAACGCAGUCCUGAUUACAUCCCGGUUGUCCAAGCUAGCACAGCUUGGCGAAUCCAAGCGCAUUGAAUCUGCUGACCCAGACUUGAUGAUGGAUGAUGAUGCACAAAAGUUGCUGCAUUUAUUAGAAGGUCUGCCACUUGCACUCGCGCAAGCCGCUGCAUAUAUGGGAGAAUUAAACCUACAUGUCGCUUCGUAUAUUCGCCUAUAUGAGCAGCAGUGGGAUGAACUCUUCCAGAAUACGGACUCUAGCCUGCUAGACUACGGUAAUCGCAGCGUGUGGACGACGUGGACGAUAUCGUUCAACGCGAUCGAAACGAGGGACAAGAACGCUGGGAAUCUACUACGGCUUUGGGCUUUUUUCGACAAUAGAGAGAUGUGGCACAGUCUACUGCAAGUGGCCAGAAAUGACCAGGAGCAGUGGCCCAAAUGGCUCCGCGAUAUAGCAUGCAACGAGGUUAGGUUUUUCAACAUAGCGACACUGCUGCUCCGCUACUCUAUGAUCGAGGCCCGAGAGUCUGAGCAAAGCAGCUAUAGCAUGCAUCCGGUAGUGCAUAGAUGGAUGUCGCAUAUACAAGAUGACGCUGGGAAGAGAGUGUUUCUACGGCUAGCGGUAAUGUUGAUAGGAUUUUCAGUGCCCGACCGUACGACUAAGAAUUAUUGGGUACUCCAGCGACAGCUUCUCCCUCAUGCGGAGAGGUGCUUAUGGUGGAUGGAAGAAUUAAAAGGAGGAGAGUGCAACAUUGAAGACAUUACCAUUGGUCAUGCAACACAUAGCUUGGGCCUUCUCUACUCGAAUCAGGGCCGGCUAAAGGAGGCUGAAACGAUGUAUCAGCGAGCGCUAGAAGGCUACGAGAAGGCGCUCGGACCGGAUCAUACGUCGACUCUCGAUACAGUUCACGGCUUGGGCAACCUCUAUACGACUCAGGGCCGGCUGAAGGAGGCUGAAGCGAUGUAUCAGCGGGCGCUAGAAGGCUACGAGAAGGCGCUCGGACCGGAUCAUACGUCGACUCUCGGUACAGUUAACAACUUGGGCCACCUCUAUGAGACUCAGGGCCGGCUAAAGGAGGCUGAAGCGAUGUAUCAGCGGGCGCUGUCUGGUUAUUCAGCAGUCUUAGGCUCGUCCCACGCGAAAUCUCUCCUUGUCGUAAAGAAUAUAGCAUCUUUACAACUUGCAAAAGGUUCAUCGUUAGAAAUCGAAUCGUCGUUCAAUUAUUCUUCGGCAGAUGAAAUUACCUCCACGAUAGUUGAAGCUCCGCUUCAAUUAGGUUCAUCAGCCGCGACUAAGACGUCGUUGUGGAGGACGCGCUCAAAAAUUUGGAAUAACUUACGAGAUAAGAUACGCAGAACCCCUACGAGAACUACGCCAUCUGAAUCGACGGAAGGCUAA